GCCGCGGUGGCGGCAGCUCGGGAUCGGGCGGCGCCUGGAGCUUCCCGCCCGUCGCUGGCGCCAGGGCCCUCGUCUCUCCUGCGCCCGCUGCUCCCCACGGCCCUGGCUGGGUCCGGGCAGCGCGCCCCCGGAGAGGGCGGAGCCGUAGAUAAUGGCAUGAGCUGUUCCUUCAGGGUUGGACAGCGAAGACCUGAUGCUUCUGAUGAGCCUUAAGCCGACUUAGAGCCACAGCGCAGCCUCCCAGAGUUCCGUGUUUUGCUUCCUGCUGCGCACCUUUCCCGGCCCCUGAGCUCAUCUUGCAGCCAUGUAUGGAAGUGCCCGCUCAGUGGGGAAGGUGGAACCGAGCACCCAGAGCCCGGGGCGGUCCCCUCGACUUCCACGUUCCCCUCGCCUGGGUCAUCGGCGAACCAACAGCACCGGAGGGAGUUCUGGAAGCAGUGUUGGAGGAGGCGGUGGGAAGACCCUGUCCAUGGAGAACAUCCAGUCCCUCAAUGCUGCCUAUGCCACUUCCGGCCCCAUGUACCUAAGUGACCACGAGAACGUGGGUUCAGAGACACCCAAGAGCACCAUGACCCUCGGCCGAUCUGGGGGCCGUCUGCCUUACGGCGUGCGGAUGACCGCUAUGGGCAGUAGCCCCAACAUAGCGAGCAGCGGGGUCGCCAGCGACACCAUAGCGUUUGGGGAGCACCACCUGCCUCCGGUGAGCAUGGCCUCCACUGUUCCUCACUCCCUCCGUCAGGCCAGAGACAACACCAUCAUGGAUCUGCAGACACAGCUCAAGGAGGUGCUAAGGGAAAAUGACCUCUUACGGAAGGACGUGGAGGUCAAGGAGAGCAAGUUAAGUUCCUCGAUGAACAGUAUCAAGACCUUCUGGAGCCCGGAGCUGAAGAAGGAGCGAGCCCUGAGGAAGGAUGAAGCUUCCAAAAUCACCGUCUGGAAGGAGCAGUACAGAGUCGUGCAGGAGGAGAACCAGCACAUGCAGAUGACCAUCCAGGCUCUCCAGGACGAGCUGCGGAUCCAGAGGGACCUGAACCAGCUGUUCCAGCAAGACAGCAGCAGUAGGACCGGCGAGCCCUGCGUGGCGGAGCUGACGGAGGAGAACUUCCAGAGGCUGCACGCGGAGCACGAGCGGCAGGCCAAGGAGCUGUUCCUGCUGCGCAAGACGCUGGAGGAGAUGGAGCUGCGGAUCGAGACUCAGAAGCAGACCCUGAACGCACGCGACGAGUCCAUCAAGAAGCUGCUAGAGAUGCUGCAGAGCAAGGGGCUGUCUGCCAAGGCCACCGAGGAGGACCACGAGAGGACACGGAGGCUGGCGGAGGCGGAGAUGCACGUGCACCACCUUGAAAGCCUGCUGGAACAGAAGGAGAAAGAGAACGCUCUGCUGAGAGAGGAGAUGCAUCGGAGAUUUGAGAAUGCCCCUGAUUCUGCCAAAACUAAAGCUCUGCAAACUGUUAUUGAAAUGAAGGAUUCAAAAAUCUCCUCUAUGGAGCGAGGGCUCCGAGACUUGGAAGAGGAGAUCCAGAUGCUGAAAUCCAACGGGGCUUUGAGUACUGAAGAGCGAGAGGAGGAGAUGAAGCAAAUGGAGGUCUACCGGAGCCAUUCUAAAUUUAUGAAGAACAAGGUAGAGCAACUGAAGGAGGAGCUAAGUUCCAAAGAGGCCCAAGGGGAGGAGCUGAAAAAGAGAGCGGCUGGUCUGCAGGCUGAGGUCUUUGCCAUUGGUCAGGUGAAGCAGGAGCUGUCCAGAAAGGACACGGAACUACUAGCCCUGCAGACAAAGCUGGAAACCCUCACCAACCAGUUCUCAGACAGCAAGCAGCACAUUGAAGUGCUGAAGGAGUCCUUGACGGCUAAGGAGCAGAGGGCUGCCAUCCUGCAGACCGAGGUGGACGCUCUGCGGUUGCGUUUGGAAGAGAAGGAAACCAUGCUGAAUAAGAAGACAAAGCAAAUCCAGGACAUGGCUGAAGAGAAGGGGACGCAGGCUGGGGAGAUCCAUGACCUCAAGGACAUGCUGGACGUGAAGGAGCGGAAGGUCAACGUUCUUCAGAAGAAGAUCGAAAACCUCCAGGAGCAGCUUAGAGACAAGGAGAAGCAGAUGAGCAGCUUGAAGGAGCGAGUCAAGUCCUUGCAGGCGGACACCACCAACACCGACACCGCCUUGACCACUCUGGAGGAGGCCCUUGCCGAGAAGGAGCGGACGAUUGAACGCUUGAAGGAGCAGCGCGACCGAGAUGAGCGGGAAAAGCAGGAGGAAAUUGACAACUACAAGAAAGACCUUAAAGACCUGAAAGAGAAAGUCAGCGUGCUGCAGGGCGACCUCUCAGAGAAAGAGGCUUCACUGUUGGAUCUGAAAGAACACGCCUCGUCCCUGGCUUCCUCAGGACUGAAAAAGGACUCACGACUUAAGACUCUAGAAAUUGCUUUGGAGCAGAAGAAGGAAGAGUGUCUGAAGAUGGAAUCACAGUUGAAAAAGGCACAUGAGGCAACAUUGGAAGCCAGAGCCAGUCCUGAGAUGAGUGAUCGAAUACAGCAGCUGGAGAGAGAGAUUGCCAGGUAUAAAGAUGAAUCCAGCAAGGCCCAGGCAGAAGUUGACCGCCUCUUGGAAAUCUUAAAGGAGGUGGAAAAUGAGAAGAAUGACAAAGAUAAGAAGAUUGCUGAGUUGGAAAGGCAGGUGAAGGACCAGAAUAAGAAAGUGGCCAGCCUGAAGCACAAGGAGCAGGUGGAGAAGAAGAAGAGCGCCCAGAUGCUGGAGGAGGCCCGGCGGCGGGAGGACACCCUCAGUGACAGCUCCCAGCAGCUGCAGGACAGUCUCCGUAAGAAGGAUGACAGGAUUGAAGAGCUGGAAGAAGCCCUAAGAGAGAGUGUGCAGAUAACCGCAGAGCGAGAGAUGGUGCUGGCGCAGGAGGAGUCAGCCAGGACCAGUGCUGAGAAACAGGUGGAGGAGUUACUGAUGGCCAUGGAGAAGGUGAAGCAGGAGCUGGAGUCCAUGAAGGCGAAGCUGUCCUCCACUCAGCAGUCGCUGGCUGAGAAGGAAACGCAUCUGACCAACCUCCGGGCUGAGAGAAGGAAGCACUUGGAGGAAGUUCUGGAGAUGAAGCAGGAAGCCCUUCUGGCCGCCAUCAGUGAAAAAGAUGCCAACAUAGCUCUCCUGGAACUGUCGUCCUCGAAGAAGAAGACUCAGGAGGAAGUGGCCGCCCUGAAGCGGGAGAAGGAUCGGCUGGUACAACAGCUAAAGCAGCAGACACAAAAUCGAAUGAAGUUAAUGGCCGACAAUUACGAGGACGACCACUUCAGAUCCUCCCAUUCUGGUCAAACCAAUCACAAACCCUCCCCAGACCAGAUCAUCCAGUCCCUCCUAGAACUUGACCAAAACAGAAGCAAGCUCAAGUUGUACAUCAGACACCUGACUGCCCUCUGCCACGACCGAGACCCCCUGAUCCUCCAAGGACUCACUCCACCAGCCGCCUAUAAGCUGGACGACGACCAGGCAGCGUGGGAGAAUGAGCUGCAGAAGAUGACCCAGGAACAGCUUCAGAGCGAGCAGGAGAAAGGUGAGCGGGACAACACCGAGUUGCAGGAGUUUGCCAACGCCGUCCUGCAGCAGAUCGCGGAUCACUGCCCUGACAUCCUGGAGCAGGUGGUCAACGCCCUGGAAGAGUCAUCCUGACCCCUCGCAGAAGCGGCCAGCCCAGCAGCCCGAGCGCUGAACCCAGGAGCCAGGAGAGGAGGCCUGCAAGGAACCGGGCCCUAGGCUUCUGGCACCAGACACACUACAGACCCCGUCCCAUCUCGCUUAGUCCCUCCAGCGAGGCGCCAGCACCAUUUCUCGUCUGUCUUCUAACCUGCUUCCUUCUUCGGGUGUCGUCCCCACACUAACUGUCCUGCCGUCCCAGUCGGGCGAGCAGCCAAGCCUCCGUGGAGAGCUGCCCUCCGGCCAUCAGCAGUGACACUGUGGACGCUGGCGGCUAUGCCCUGAUGGGGACACGGGGAGAGCCCCGCCCCCCAGUCCGUGGCACGAGGAUGGAGUCUGGAUGCUGCGGAGCUCGGCUUUCUGGGGGAUGCCUCACUGCAGACCCAAGAGCUGCGUGUUCUGAUACCAGGACAGGUGCUUUCCCCCAAGAGGGUAAAAAAUGAAAUCCCCAAAAGAGUAUUAACAGAAAGAAGGGGGAGAGGGACCAGGGACCGAGCCGACCAACUCUUCUCCUCUCCUGUCCAUGCUGGUGACUGUCCACGAGGGGCAUCUAGGCAGGCCUGUGGGCGGGCGCUCGGGGACCCGGCCUCCCUGCCUCCUGGUCCUCAUGCUUGUUCUCAGCCUCUGGGUGAGUCCCUCUUGCUUGGUGCAUUGGAUCACAUCCGUUGCUGAAAGAGAAGAAGGCAGUGUGGCCACGCCCACAGCUCUGCUUCUGUAGAAUAUGACCAGUCCUCUGGGUCAGGCUGGCUUCCCCAGAACGUCUCCGUCUCACCCCUGAAGAGUGCUUCUGCCUCCCCCCACCCCACCCGCACCCUGCACUCCAGGCUCGGGCACCCCCUCCCCACCCCUGCAGCCUUCAUCCUGACCUCUGCUGCACAUGGAUGUCACUCAUCACACAUAUACUCCUUCCCUUCUGCUCAGACCGUGUUUGUGACGUGCCUGUGGUGUGCAUGAGGCUGCCAGGCACCAGCCGUGAAGACAGCCUCUGGGAGGGGCAGGGUCGAGGAUUCUGUGAGAUGCACCUGGUCCAAUCUUAAGUCUUAAUAGAGGGCAACUUUUCCAGAAAAAUCUUCCACAAAUCAGCGUUUCUCAUUAUAAUGGAAUUUAUGGGUUUUGGGGGGCAGAAGGCUGCAUCAGUUACUAGCCUGUAGGAUAGGAUCCCAUCUGAUGACUCAGAAUUUGGGGGUUUGUUCCCCCGAAGGAGCGUGCUGUGUAAAGGGCUAUGAUGGUGGACGGUGUCUUCUCUGCACAUCCACGUGCUUCUCGAUGAACUUGGCCAGCUCCAUGUUGCAAAUCAGAAAAUCGACCCCAAAGUUGCAAAUCCGGUUGGAGUACUGACGUCUUCCCCAAGCAUAGACGGUGGCAGUCAUAAACAUCAGGCACCGAGAAACAGACCACUUAACCCGAAUCUCGCCCUUUGAUCACCUCUCCGGCCAGACACCCAGCAGACGCUCACAUCCUCUGAUAAAGAGUUGCUGGGCUAAAUGGGUUUUCUCCUUCCCCUUCCCCAGUUACUCACCCAGAGAAUCCGAGGCUGCCUGUCAGGUUGUCACAGUCGUCAGUCCCGUAUCUUCCCGCCAGCAGUCCGUGACGGUCCCAUUAACUUAUAUGGUCACAUCUCCAGCAGCCCCCACUCCCCGCCAUAAACCAGCUUCUCCCUGUGAGAAGUUGUCGAGUGCUCCUUAUCGAAGGUUUAAAUGGACUCUGUUCAUAAAUUUCUUACUGAGAUGCUUCCUGAUAGCUGAGCUGGCCAGAGCGGGGCUGCCGCAGGGCUCAGACAGUAAGUGGUGGCUGUUCGUGGUCAAUUACCUCAACCCCAUUUAUUUAUUGCACUGCCCAUAAAUCACGUAGAAAGCCCCGGUGUUUUAGGGCCAGAGUCCUGGAAUCUUACAUUAUCCGCCACAGUGGGAGAACCAAGGUAGAAGGACCUCCUCCCUGGCCUGCAGAAAGGAGGGGCCCCAUGCAGGGCAGCGGCCCAGCUGGCUCUUCUGGUGGUCCGCCGGGUCCACCUUCCCCGUCAGAUACGGUCCCUGCUGCCUGCCUGUAGAUACCUGUAGGAUUACUCUGGGCGGACACCAUCUGUCUGUCCCUGAACCAGGCAGGACUCUCCUCUGUCUCCUGGGUGGUCCUCCUCGCACCUCAGUGGUUCUGGGGGCUGUUUGGUCCUGGAUGAGAGUCAACUCUGCCUGAAGUUUAAUAGUGAGCAAGGACCUGCCUAUACCACAAGGGCAAAGCGAAUGUAAUCUCCAGCAUUUAGCAUCUUACUGAGUGUAGGUCUCUCACUGAGCCAACGUUUGCUGAAGGCGCAGUUCCUAUCACACGAGCCUUGUGUCCCCUGACCUUACCUGGCUUCGUGGUUGUACGAGGUCACAAGCUGCUCCCGAAGGUCUGUGACCUUGGAGACGCACUGCAGGCCACCUAGGAUGCCCACCAAACCCUCCAUCCCAUCGUCACGUCUUGUUGCCCUGAGCAUUUGAGCUCUGUCCCCAGGUAACAGUUGUCACGGGCGGCAGCGAGGAGAGUGGGUGGCCCCGACCUGGGGCUCAGGGCAGAAGCUUCAUGCAGUGCCCGUCUCCUCUUCCCGGGUCCUGCCCCUCCGCUGCAGGCACUUGCUGGGCUUGUGAUGAAGCGUCUGGGUGCAGGUCUGCAAGGGUGUGGGCACCGUUUGAAAUGGAAAAGUCGUCAGGUGGGCUCUCAGGUGUGAAGAAGGGAGUGGGGCUCUGCAACUCCAUCUCGGCUCUGACCUUGUACCUUGACCAUGUACCUGACCAUCUGAAGGCGGCCUGAGAGCUUCGCUCUUCCUAACUUCGUCUCAGGAACACAAGUGAAGCAGAUGGGACCCAAGGCGCUUCCAGCGUGGACGGCGGCAGCUCGGCCCGCCCUUUGUGUCCAGAAAGGUCUGUUGGGUUUUCCAGCAGCUCGCCCGCCCCCCGGAGCGAGAGGAGGAGAGGAAGUCUCCAGGUGUCGGUGACUGCUGAUGGUCAGGAUUUGCUGCUGACCCAACCCGCGUGCCCUUCCCUCCCCACCAUGGACUCCACCAUGUGAGCAAAGGCCCCAGGGCGGGGAAAGAGCAAGGGUGGACUUGGGCCUAAAUGGCUCUUCCUGAGUCCCCAUGGACCCUGUGUGGGCCCCCAACCCCACCCCAGCCUCAUCUUCCAUCCACGGCGGAGCGCAGGGCUGUGGGGGUGUCGGGGGAGGAGGGGGGGGGGCAGUCAGCCAUGCAGACCGAGGCCCACCCACCACUGCCAUCCCUGACCCCUCAGCAGGGGCACAACCAUCAAAGAAAGGUUUUGAGAGGAAUCUGGUGUUUCCUCCCCGGAAACUAAGGGAAUAUUUAACAUUUGUGCAAGAAGAAAACGGGAAAUCCUUCUGAACAAAAUGGCUGUCCUGUGCUUUUUAAGCAAAAACUUUCCAAACUUUUUAGUGUCAAAACUGUAACCAAGUGUCUCCUGGUUUUUCCCAGCGUGUGUGGCGAGUGCUGUGACCCCCAUCGUAGGUGUUUCUCCUCCCGACCCCGGGGGAGCGGUGGAUUAGGGAUUGAUUUACAGGGAGUGGGUUCCUCUCCCACCCCACCUCCUCUUUCGUUUCUCUGCUUGUCGAUAUUGUCCGUGUGGUUCAGAGAAUCGGGGCGGUUCCAUUGUGUCCAUUGUUGAGAUUAUUAAGAUAUUACAGAGUAGUUGUAGAACUGAAAAAUUAAAGAGCUGUGUUUCUAAAAAAAAAAUCCAACCAAUAUCAUGUUAACAAAGGAAUUCAAGCUCUGGGGCAGCCAGACACCGCCCCUCUCCCCAUAAGGUGGCUGAGGUGGCAGCCGGGCCGGCUGCUGGGGAGACACCAGGUCCAGGUCCAGGCAGGCGACCACCCGCUGGGCUCAGGAGGGGCUCCUGGGGCCCGGCUUGCCUUUCCACCCUCAGGGCCUCUGCCAGAGGCUCCCAGAUCCUUGACCCUGUAGCUGCCCUCACCCCGACACUGGCCCCCGCCCAGCGUGCUGGGUCCCGUGUAGUCACCUGGGCCUGGCGCUGGUCCCUGAGCCCUGCACCAGCCACAGAGCCUCCUCCUGCCCACUUGGUGCUAUACUCUCCGGGGCCCAUCCAGGAUGGGCCAAGCCCCGGCCAGUCUGGAGUUUGCGGUCUGGGUGGGGCGCGGGCUCAGAGCCCAGCCCCUCUGGCUUCAGUUCCUGCAGCCUUUCCCUGAAAGCUUUUGAGACCCCCCAGGCUGCCCGUGUGGGCCCCAGCAAUGGCCUGGCCAGGAAAGGAGGUGACCUCCACUGAGCCAGAGAGCCCGGCCCUGGUGGGGCUGCCUACCCCCCCACACACACACUCAGCAGUAUUGCACACGCCCUGGGCCCCCACGGGCAGCCCAAGGCGCUCGAGGCCAGCGGGUAUGUGGGUCGUAGACUGGGGUUUCCUAGGGUUCCCCUGCCCGCCCACCCGCCCCCCCUGGCUCAGCUUCAGGAGGGAGAGCCGCCCCUGCUGAGGAGCCGGGGCCCUGGGCACUGACCCUGCAGCUUGAGUCCUUUUGGCGACAGUAGCGGCCGAGGGGGUGGUGUCUGAGCGGGCCCCCCACUGCCGUCCACUGCACGCCGGCCUGGCAGUGUCGCUGACACGAUCAUGACGUUACAGAGAAACUGUGUUAGAGUCGACUUUGCCUUGAUAACUAUUGUAAACACUUUGUUCAUUUUUUUUUUCUUUUUUAUUCACAAACUAAAUCCAUCAGGAAAUUAUAAAGUUAUUUAAAAAUUG